CCCAUCCAGGGAAACCCAGAAUGCCAGGAGGGGCGGGGGGUGGCUUCCGCGCACGGGGAGCUAGGCACAAAAGCAGCUUCUGAUCCGGCCAGACUGAGUUGAUUUUUCUAGGAUUCCAUGCAAAAGUUAAUCAUUAAUGAGCUGCUAGUCCUCACUACCUGCCAGCGACAAGAGGGACCCACUUCUGUCCUUCCUGUCCCUCCGGCACCUGGAGCCAGCCCAGCUGGGCCUCUUCAGAGACAAGCGGAGCCAUGAGAACCCCUCUGGCCCUCCUGCUCCUGCUCUGCGCCCUCCUUGCUCAGGGGAAUCCCAGUGGCAGACGGAGGAAAGGGCCCCGGCGGCAGCCGCUUCCCCAGAAGAAUGGCCCCUCGCCCGGCAAGGCCAAGUUCCUGCUCUAUGCCAACACGGUGGAGCAAGGCUGCCUGAUGGAGCCCCACUGCGAGGCCAGUCUCGAGAGGUGCCGGUUCAAUGCUUCCCUCCCGCUGGUGAUGAUCAUCCAUGGGUGGUCGGUGGACGGGGGACUCGAAGGCUGGAUUUGGAAACUGGCUGAGGAGCUCAAAGCGCACCUCACUCAGACCAACGUCAUCAUCGCCGACUGGCUCUCUCUUGCGCACGCACAUUACCCCAUUGCUGUGCAGAACACCCGAGGCGUUGGCCAAGAAAUUGCUCACUUCCUAGAGUGGCUGGAGGAAUCGGUGCAGUUCCACCGAGGCGAUGCUCACCUGGUGGGGUACAGUCUGGGGGCCCACGUAGCCGGUUUUGCCGGCAGCUCCAUGAGAGGCAACGGGAAGAUCGGCAGGAUUACCGGCCUGGAUCCUGCCGGCCCCCUCUUUGAAGGCAUGUCACCAACAGACCGCCUGUCGCCAGAUGACGCUGAUUUUGUUGAUGCCAUCCACACCUUCACCCAGCAGCACAUGGGCCUCAGUGUGGGGAUCAAGCAGCCCGUGGCUCACUUUGACUUCUAUCCCAACGGGGGCACUUUUCAGCCUGGCUGCCACAUCAUGCAUGUUUACAACCACAUUGUGCAGUAUGGGAUCACGGGGCUCUCCCAGACGGUGAAAUGUGCCCACGAGAGGUCGGUCCACCUGUUUAUUGACUCCCUACGGCACAGCCAUAAGCCGAUCACAGGCUACUGGUGCAAAGACAUGCAGAUGUUUGACAAGGGACGCUGCCUCGACUGCCGGGCCAACCGGUGCAACACCCUGGGCUACCAUAUUCGGAAGGCAAGGGUCCCUGGCAGCCAGAGGCUGUUCCUGAAGACCCAAUCUCAGAUGCCGUUCAAAG